AUGGGUGUCAUCAGAGUUGGCAUGAUCGGCCUCGCUGCUGUGGAAUCAUCGACCCUUGGCCCGCGUACCUGGGGCGUAGUUUCUUUCCUCCCUACAUUUGUUAAUUCACCUGAUUACGAGAUAGUGGCUGUUUGUAAUUCCACUGUUGCCUCAGCUCUUCAGGCCAUCGAGAUACACAAACUUCCGACAACAACAAAGGCCUACGGUAGUCCCAACGAUCUUGCGAAUGAUCCGAACGUGGACCUAGUUGUGGUCAGCGUCCUCGUCACCAAGCAUUUUAUGCUAGCCGAGCCUGCCCUACUUUCAAAUAAGCAAGUCUUCGUCGAGUGGCCUCUAGGUGCAUCCACGAGCGAGGCGGAAAGGUUGACAGAACUCGCUCGCGCGAACAACCUCAAAACCAUUGUCGGAGUACAGGCUCGGGCUGACCCUGUCAUUGUCAAAACCAAGCAACUCAUCAACAGUGGGGCACUAGGAACUAUCACAAGUACCACUGUUAUUGGUUCUACAAGUUCUAUACCCUCGGACGUUUGGUUCAAAGGCAGUGAAUUCUAUCUUGACAUGAGAACAGGAGCGAAUGUGUUCCAUGUCUACUUUGCUCACUUUCUCGACUCUUUCACACACGUUCUGGGCGGUUUUGAGAGCCUCCAAUCCUCUCUUAAAACUGAAAUUACGGAAAUUAAGAUCCCGGCUGAGGACGGUGUUAACGAACACGUAGCCUCGAAAAACGUCCCAGACCAUGUUUUAGUACAGGGCAAGCUCAAGAGCGGCGCCAUGGCAUCUAUCGCCUAUCGGUGGGCCAAUUUGAACGAAGCUGUUGAUGAUGUAGGCGUUCGGUGGAUUAUUACGGGAAGAGACGGAGAAAUUGAAAUCACGACGGAUCAAUCUCACUGGCAGAUGAACAGUCCUAACUGGAAGCUUCGGUUGAAGCUCAAGGGUGCACCGACCCAGGAGAUCGACUUUUCCAGCCCAGAACCCGACUUCAUCAAGCAUAUCCCGCAGAUCGGGAAGAAUACCGGGCGUAUCUUGGAGGCAUAUGCUAGGGGAAAUCAGGCUGAUUACGCCGACUUCGAGUCAGCUUUGGAGACACACAAGCUUCUGGAUGAGAUUGUUCAGAAAUCUGGAUUCAAGUAUUAA